UUGAUCAUUCUUAAUUCCGUUAAUCGUUGCGACAUUAGAACCCUGCUUGGAUUUAGCUCGAGCACGUUUGAGACCAACAUUGAAGAGGGCCUGUCGAAUGUAGGUUUGGAAGAAGGGUGUAGAGUUGGCCAAAUAAGGUUGGAGGUCCAGAUCAGGGUAAGGAGAAGUCAAAUCAAAGAGCUCCUCAAUAUAAGAUUCAUCGCGAGAGGAAGUGAUCUUGGUGAUGAGAGAAGUUAACCUAGAUUGGGUGUCUGCGCUCAACACAGCAGUCUUCGGAGGAGUGCUGGACUGCUUUGGAGUAGUUUGAAGUGCCGGUGGUAGCUUACCACCAUUUUCAGAGGCGAGAGUCUUUAAAGUUCGUUUCAUGUAGGUUUCCAACUCUGAUUCAUCCUUAUUCGGAAUCAUAUCAACAAAUUUGAGGACCGCAGGUCCUCGAGCACAACAGAAGGAAUGGAGCAUAGUUUUGAUAGUUCGAAGGGGGAGAUCCGAUUUCCUUGUUUUCCAGGAAGGAGAUGGAAACGCUUUAAGGAAGUUAUGACAAUCAAGAAGAACCUGAUCCAAUGAAUAGUUGUUGGCCAAGAACGCGAGUACUAUUUGACUCCAUGAUAACAAGAAGAGUUAUUGCAUUAAUGGCCCUAAUGAUUCCACUUCCUUCAGGCAACUCAGCAGUCUUAUCGUGGACCAUCAGAUUCAAGGAGGCAAAGAGAAACUCUUUCAGCGAUUCACGCGAUGCUUCUCGUGCCAAAAGGGGUCGCUUGAAGACCGACUCAAUAGUGGCCAAGAGGCACUUCAGGACAGUGGAUAAUUCACCCUCCGAGAUAGUUGGAUCAUCGAAGAAACGAGAGUUGGUCUGUCGUAAUUGAAUUGUAAUGAGAGUGAUAAGCUGAUUGAUGUGACCAACUAGGAGUUGCCACUUGUCACUCUGUAAUAAGGUAUCAAGCUGACUCAAGGCAUAGCAGCAAGAAUUGAGAUCAUUGGAAGAAACUUGGGUCACUACCAUGGUGAUGGCAGAAGCUGCAUCCGGACUGGUUCGGAGGAGACAGUUCAGCACCGUCUGCUUGUCUCGCGUCCUUCGAUUUGUCGGUUUUUCUGACACCGACCUCUUAGAAGCUACUGGAGUGGCAUUGAGAGCACCAGCAGUUGUUGCGUUCGGACGUCCAGAUCUCUUGAUCCUCUCUUCCAACAUGGACCUCUCCUUCUCAGGCAUUUGACCAAGCAUUUUCCAGAGGGGUUCGCCCACAAUGGCGUAUACACAGACCAAGGCAUUUAGAGCUGCUGUUCGCACACCUGAAUCACGGUCACUGAUCUGAGCUGCUAGGGUCUUGAGAGACACAGCUGGUGAAGGUUGGCAGACAUUCAGGCCGAAGUGGUCGAUCAUACUUCCGAUCUCAUCAAGGCAUUCUUGUCGAGCCUUAUUAACCUUUGAUUUGAGUCCACCUAUAAGGUAUGUGUACAGCUUCUCGGGUGGAUAAAUACUCGUCAUAACUCUGAAUAUGGCUCGAAUAUCCCUCCGAAUAUUCUCUUUUGAGUCUCCCACCUUCAUGACCAGAUAAGGCAAGAAAGCCGAUGCCUCAUGCUCAGUCAACUGCUGCUCCGCAUCAGACAUCCUGGAGAAUACUUUCAGGAGGUACUCCAACCCGCGAGCAAGGAAAGCAGGGCUGGUUUCAAAGAAUCGCAGAACCAUCCAUCGGAGAAUGA